AUGAGCGAAGAAUACGAAAGCGUAGCUCUGGUCAAGCCUGAAGUAUUUAUUUACAAAAUCCCUCCUCUUGCCAAUAAUAAAGGACAUAAGGCUGUUGAGUGGUCAUUAGAUAACCCUGAUUGGUCAGGAAGACUCAAGCUUGUUGGUUUGGGCAAGCGACUUGAACUUCGAUUGGAAGAUAAAACUACUGGUGCACAUUUCGCAACAUGUCCAAUUGAUGCCCAUCCAGGACUCGCGGUGGAGCCUGUAUCAGAUUCAUCUCGUUAUUUCGUAAUCCGAUUACUUCAAAAAGAAACUGGUAAAACUGUUUUCAUUGGACUCGGUUUCGCCGAUCGUGGAGACGCUUUCGACUUCAAUGUAGCUCUGCAGGAUCAUUUCAAAUAUGUUGAAAAAUCAGCUGAGUUUGAGCAAAACGAAAAAAACACUCAACCUGCUCUUGAUUUGGCAUUCAAAGAAGGACAAACAAUUUCUAUCAAUUUAAAAAAGAAUAAUGAUGGACUACCUGCUGCACCGCGGCCCAGACCACCGCCAACUUCUGGAGGUAUUGUACCACUUCUUCCACCUCCACCCGGAUCUUCUAAUAGAGUUCGGUCUAAUGCUCCAGUUUCAACGAAUCUCCCAGUCAGUAACUCUGAUUUGUUAAAUCUCUGA